AUGAUUCAAAUUAAGGAAGUUGUUGACUUAUUUGUUUUUGUUGGAGAACAGGGUAAGUCUGGUGGCGGAUUUAAUAGUAAUUCACAGCUAAUGACAAUAUCUGGAGGAGGAGCGACCGAUAUUAGACUUACAAACACCACAAAUUGGUAUGAUUUUGAUUCAUUAAAGAGCAGAAUCAUGGUUGCAGCUGGUGCAGGUUCAGGUGAAAGAUAUUGUGGUGGAGAUGGGGGAAGUUUAAUAGGUUUAUCAACGGAUUCGACGUAUUCAAAACCAGGAUAUUCUCCAUCAAACCAAUCAACUGGAGGAACCCAAAUAACAGGGAGUUUGAAUGGAUGUUAUAACAAUUACCGAUUAUGCGGAUCAUCUGGAAAGUUUGGUAUUGGAGAAUUUGGAAAUAAUGCUGAUGAUAAUGGCCCAAGUGGGGGAGGUGUGUAUUAUGGAGGUGGCGGUAUUGCAUUUGCAGGAAGUGCAGGUGGAGGAUCAAGUUUUAUUAGCGGCUUUCAAAAUUGUGACGCCAUUUAUGAAAAUUCUACAGAAAAUAAAAUAUAUCACAGUGGACAGCCUUUCCACUACUCAGGUAAGUACUUCACCGAUGGUAUUAUGAUUGAUGGCCAACACGAGAUGCCAUCAACUGACCUCAAGUCAACUGAAGUUGGUCAUGAUGGCCAUGGAUAUGCAAUUAUCACUUACAUUGUUUCUAAUGUUGUUUUUUCAUGUCAAAUGAACAUAUAUCUCAUGAAAUUCUUUCUGAUUACGAAUUCUUUCUUAAUGAUCUCAUAA